GAAAUUAGAAAAAAGAUACAAUUUUUUCAUGACAGUCAUUUGUUAUUUUUCACAAUAAUCCUCGUUUUUUGUUGUUAGCUGCAGUUUGGCUCUGUUUGAAUUUAUUUUACAGUGAAUUUUAUUAAAACAUGGACCCUAUAGCUAUUUUGCAAAGCCGAAUUGAACAACUGGAAGCCAAACUAGGUUUAGCUGCCGAUGCAUCAGUUGACAACCAGCAAGGAGAUACUGUAACUGCGAAUCUUUUAAAUACUUCACAGGCAAUUAGCAAUGCUACUGCAGGCUAUGAAAAACUGCCUGAAGCUAUGCACAGAGCUUCAGAGUUGAAUAACUAUACUGACCCGAAUUUACUAGAGAAUAUUCAGCAAAAUGAUUUACACAUGCGCGAAGUGGUUGCAGCAGAACCAAUAAUUAAACACCACUGUCAUUGUAUGCAAAGGUGUAAACAGGCUGCACCAGUCUUGGAGUCUGAAGCAAUCCAGCAAGUUCCUCAAAUCCAAGAGUCUGUCAACCGUAUGCAUGCAGCUGCUGCUGAAGUCAAAGCUGAAGCUGAUAUGGUAUCUCAUGGUGUACAAGAGUUGGCUGAAACUUGUGGGACUGCAGCUUCAAAUGCAUCUGAACAACUAGCUGCAGUAGCACAAAAGGUUGAACAAGUUGAGGAUAAACUUUUUCCUAAAAGAAGGAAUGGAUUGGAUUGAAAAAAUUAAUCGAGUACUUCUCUUUUUUGCUUCU